AUGGAGAUGGGAUGGGGAUACUUCAGCCGCAGCGCCAAAUCACACGGCGGGAUCAUGUACCUCCCAGGCUGCCCGGAGCUCCAGGUAAAGUUACUCGACUCGUCCUCGAUGACGCUGGAGGCCCAAGGUGGAGCUCUCCUGUGCUGGAUGAUCGGCUUUAGUCAGGGCGCCCGCCGUGUGAUGGCUGCUGCUGGGACUGUUGUUGACGCUCCCAGGGGCAAGACUGCCAGCCUGGACGAAGAACGAAGACGUCUGAUGCUCGCCAUGAGGCACGGUGAAGGCUUACGGCGUACAGGGAAACAGCUCUGCAUGGUGAACGUGGAUGGCUCGCUGGCCUGGACUGCUUUCUGUGUCCCGAGAUGCAAGGAUGGGCUUCCCCGGACCAUGCAUGGCUGGCAGAUGCGGCACACACACGCACACGCACACUGGUGUACUUGCUCUGUACUUGGGAUGCGCCCGUUGCUAUGUGGAAUUCAGACAUAG